AGAUUCUUGGCUCAGCGCUUUGCAUCCGUCCGCGCCUUCAUCCGUCAUGCAGUGAGGCAUGGCCUUUAGCGGCGGCGUGAAGCUCGGGGAUUUGGAUGACUUCAUUGGACUCUCCCAGGAGUGCGUGAAGCCUUUGAUUCAGGCUGCUGAUGGCGCCAAAGCUCAGCUGCAGUCAGUCAGCGAGGCCAAGGCAGUACCUGUCUCAGAGGCUCCACAGGUGCAGCAACCGAACCUCAUCAAGACCAAGCAGAGCAGCAGCGACCCCAAGGCGCAGAUCGGGCAGGUGAGCCUCUCCGACUGCUUGGCCUGCAGCGGCUGCGUGACCAGCGCGGAGACCGUGUUGCUGCAAGAGCAGAGUGGUGAGGAGUUCCUGAAGCGCGUGCAGGCUGCCCGCUUGACCGUGGUGUCCAUCUCUGCAGAGGCACGAACGAGCCUAGCAGCCUACACCAAGGAAAGCCCGCUGAUGUGCAUGCGCAAGGCCGCAGAGGGCCUACGGCGCUUGGGGGCCGCCUAUGUACUGGACGCCUCCGCCGCGGAAGCCGUAGCGCUGCUCGAAGGCAAAGCAGAGUUCAUCCAGAGGUUCAAGGCGACUUCUGGCGGCAGCAGCGGAAGUCGCAAAGGAAGGCUCCCGCUGCUGACGUCCCACUGCCCAGGCUGGACGCUCUAUGCGGAGAAGGUGGUGGACCCCUCGGUGUUGCCACACCUCAGCCCCAUCCGGCCGCCGCAGAUUGUGCAGGGCCGCCUGGUGAAGACCUGCCUCCUGGAGGCGCACAACCGAAGGCAGCUCCACAGACGUUGGCGCGCUAGCAACCCGCUCUUCGCCUUGCAGAGCCAACUGGAGAGUCGCUUCCGGAAACCUGAGGCGUCUUGGGAGCCGGUGAAGCCUAGCGAGGUGUACCACGUCUUCGUGCAGCCUUGCUACGAUCGCAAGAUCGAGGCCGCCCGGCCCAGCUUCGAGGUGCCCGGAGAGCCUGGCAUCAAAGAGGUGGACACGGUGCUCACGGCCUCGGAGCUGCUGACGUUGCUGCGGGAGAGCGGAGAGGACUGCUGCGGCGGCUGUGGCAAGAGCGCCUGCGAGAAAACGGAGCCGUCCAAUCUGCCGCCGUGUCCACCGCACAGCGAGGUGUUGACUGACCUCUUCCUGGGCAAUCUGCAGGCGCGGCGCCCGGCGCCGCUGCUCUGCGCGGUGCAGGGCAACGCGGGCUCCGGGGGGUUCCUGGAGCACGUCUUCCGGGAGGCGGCCAGAGAGCUGUUUUCCAUUGACCUCUCGGCAUCUCCUUUGUCAUUGCAAAAGAAGCAGAACGAGGACAUGCGCGAGGUUCUCCUCAAGGAUCCAAAGACCCAAAAGGUCCUGCUGCGAUUCACGGCCGCCUACGGCUUCCGAAACAUCCAGAACGUCAUUCGGCGUAUUGGGAAGGUGAACGGCGACGCCUUGGGGGAUUUCGUAGAGAUCAUGGCCUGCCCCGGAGGCUGCCUGAACGGUGGCGGCCAAAUCGCGGAGAAGGCCGAUGAGGGGGAGAAGAGCCAGGCGGCGAGGAGGCAACGGCUGGAGUCUCUCGAGCAGCUGCUGCUCGAGACCUGCGUGCCUCCUGCUGAACAUCCCCUUGUGUUGCCGAUCUAUCACUACAUUGCGACCCAGGUGUCCGCCCCUCAAGGUCCACUGAACAGUCUUGUGGGCUCGGAAGCGGCCAGGGGCUGGCUGUCAGCGGACUGGCGGAGCCUGAAGGUGGACAGCGAGGGAAAGGAUGUGAUGAGCAGUGCUGUUCUGAAGUGGUGAGAGGGCAGAAACCAUUUCUGCUCAGUGCCCUACAGCAGACCCGAAACCCUUCCGGCGUCAUCCGGAG